UGUGCGCUUGCGCGUAGGUCGGGUCGGAGGAGACGUCUUCGUUCGCCACAACUAGGGUACACAGCAAAACAAAGAUGAACUACAUAUAUGGAUUACAGUCGGCUACUAGAAAUCGUGUUUUCAGAUUUAAUACACUGACCAAGUGGAAAAAAUGUAACAGCCUAGCUGUCUCUUCAAGGGACUGUCAUCAAGUGCAAAUUAACUAUAUACUAAAGAAUCAGGAUCUGGGGGUAAAUCAGUGUGAUAGGUUGACUUUUCAUGGGAACUUUCAUUGCUAUAGGACUUUCAGUAACAAAGGAACAGGAUGCCUCUUGAGUACCAAAAGCAAGGAAAUUUUGACGACAACCAGAAAAUGUACUGCAUGGAAUGACACUCUUUCAAGACAACUCCCGAUAAAAGAAGUUGUAGGAGUUCCUACUGUUUCAGUAUUGCAUCCUUUAAACUUUUUUCCCGUGAGAGACAUCAGGAGUUUCCACACUUCUCCACGGUUUCAAGCUGCUCCGGUCCCUCUCCUGUUGAUAAUUCUAAAACCAGUGCAGAAAUUACUUGCCAUCAUUGUAGGCAGGGGCAUAAGGAAAUGGUGGCAGGCACUCCCACCUAACAAGAAGGAACUAUUUAAAGAAAGUGUAAGGAAGAAUAAAUGGAAGUUAUUCCUUGGCUUGAGUAGUUUUGGAUUGCUCUUCGUAGUGUUUUAUUUUACUCACCUGGAAGUGAGUCCCAUCACAGGAAGGAGCAAGCUACUAGUAUUGGGGAAAGAACAUUUCAGACUUUUAUCAGAACUGGAAUAUGAAGUAUGGAUGGAAGAAUUUAAAAAUCAUAUGCUUACUGAGAAAGAUGCCAGAUACCUAACUUUUAAGGAAGUGUUUUAUCAUCUAAUUGAAUGUAAUAAAGAUAUCCCAGGGAUCUCUGAGAUCAAUUGGAUUAUUCAUGUGGUUGAUUCUCCAGAUAUAAAUGCCUUUGUGCUUCCAAAUGGACAAGUGUUUCUCUUUACUGGACUUUUAAAUAGUGUAACUGAUGUUCAUCAACUUUCCUUUCUUCUGGGCCAUGAAAUAGCGCAUGCAGUACUUGGACAUGCUGCAGAAAAGGCUAGCCUGGUUCAUUUAUUGGAUUUCUUGGGUCUGAUUUUUCUCACAAUGAUUUGGGCCAUCUGUCCUCGGGAUAGUUUGGCACUUUUGGGACAGUGGCUACAGUCUAAAUUGCAGGAGUAUAUGUUUGACAGACCAUACAGUAGAACACUGGAGGCUGAAGCUGACAAAAUUGGAUUACAGCUUGCUGCAAAGGCUUGUGUGGAUGUCAGAGCCAGUUCAGUGUUUUGGCAGCAGAUGGAAUUUGCAGAAAACCACAGUGGUCAUCCCAAGUUGCCAGAAUGGUUAUCCACACACCCUUCUCAUGGAAACCGAGCUGAGCACUUAGAUAAACUCAUACCUCAGGCUCUGAAAAUUAGAGAGAUCUGUAAUUGCCCACCACUUUCAGGACCAGACCCUCGAUUACUAUUCAAGCUCAGCAUGAAGAAUUUUCUUGAAGAAUCCAAGAAAGAAGACCUAAAUAUUACUGUUAAGAAACAGAAAAUGGAUACUCUUCCUGUUCAAAAUCAGAAGCAAAUACCGUUAACAUACAUAGUUGAGAAAAGAACUGGGAGUUGAAUUAAAAUUUAUGAGAUACAGGAUGUAUGAAGAAUGCAGCAGUCCUUAUCAUUUUUAUGUUAUUUUUUAAAAAAUGAUGUGUGAAUGAAAAAAAUGGAUAUUCAGGGUCAAAUCAUGUAUAUUACAAGUAUUAUCUAAAUUCUAGUAGGUAUAUUUCAUGAAAUAUUGAUGUAUUUUAAUAUAUCUUCAGUGAGGAAAAUGUCACAGAAUAAAUUUAUAUUAUACAUUUU